AUGGAGGAGCUGGUGGGGCUGCGUGAGGGGUCCUCAGGAAACCCUGUGACUCUGCGGGAACUGUGGAGCCCGUGUCCUCGCAUCCGUAGAGCCAUCCGAGAUGGCCUGGGGUGGCUGAAGCAGAAGCUCUUCCGGGAGGGCGAGGACUGGCACCUCUUAAUGACCCUCGGGGUGCUCAUGGCCCUCAUCAGCUACACCAUGAACUUCGUUGUCGCCCGCGUGGUCCGAGCACACAACUGGCUGUACCGAGAGAUUGGGGACAGCCAUCUGCUCCGGUACCUCUCCUGGACUGUGUACCCCGUGGCCCUGGUCUCCUUCUCCUCAGGCUUCUCUCAGAGCAUCACACCCUUCUCUGGAGGUUCUGGGAUCCCAGAGCUGAAGACCAUCCUGUCUGGUGUGAUCUUGGAGGACUACCUGGACAUCAAGAACUUUGGUGCCAAGGUUGCGGGCCUCACCUGCACCUUGGCCUGUGGCAGCACCAUCUUCCUGGGCAAAGUGGGCCCCUUCGUGCACCUGUCGGUGAUGAUCUCAGCCUACCUGAGCCGUGUGCGCACCAAGGCCGUCAAGGAGUCUGAGAACAGGCGCAAGCAGAAGGAAAUGCUGGUGGCAGCUGCGGCGGUGGGCGUGGCCACAGUCUUCGCGGCCCCAUUCAGUGGCGUCCUGUUCAGCAUCGAGGUCCUGGCCUCGCACUACUCCGUCUGGGAUUACUGGAGGAGCUUCUUCGCCGCCACCUGCGGGGCCUUCAUGUUCCGCCUCCUGGCCGUCUUCAACAGCGAGCAGGAGACCAUCACCUCCCUCUUCAAGACCAGUUUCCGGGUGGACGUUCCCUUUGACCUGCCUGAGAUCUUCUUUUUUGUGUUGUUGGGGGCCAUCUGCGGCAUCCUGAGCUGCGCCUACCUCUUCUGUCAGCGGACCUUCCUCAUAUUCAUCAGGACCAAUCGCUUCACCUCCAAACUACUAGCCACCAGCAAGCCAGUGUACGCUUCCCUGGUGGCCUUGAUCCUUGCCUCCAUCACCUACCCCCCUGGCGUGGGCCGCUUCAUAGCCUCUCGGCUGUCCAUGAGACAACAUCUGGACUCUCUAUUUGACAACAACUCAUGGGCGCUCAUUACCCGCAACUCAAGCCCUCCAUGGCCGGUAGAGCCUGACCCCCAAAACCUCUGGUUCGAGUGGUACCACCCAAACUUCACCAUUUUUGGAACCCUCGCCUUCUUUCUGGUUAUGAAGUUCUGGAUGGUGAUUCUGGCCACCACAAUCCCUAUGCCUGCGGGGUACUUCAUGCCCAAAUUCGUCUUUGGAGCUGGCAUUGGGCGCCUCUUGGGAGAAGCCCUCUCUGUCGCCUUCCCCAAAGGCAUCCUCGCUGGAGGGGUCACCUAUCCUAUCAUUCCUGGGGGCUAUGCCUUGGCUGGGGCUGCUGCCUUCUCAGGGGCAGCGACCCACACCAUCUCCACGGCGAUGCUGGCCUUCGAGCUCACGGGCCAGAUCCUGCACGCACUUCCCGUGUUGAUGGCAGUGCUGACGGCCAAUGCCAUUGCCCAAAGCUGCCAGCCCUCUUUCUACGAAGGAACCAUCAUCGCCAAGAAGUUGGCAUUCCUGCCAAGGGUCCUGGGCCGCAAACUCCGCUCCGAAGGCGUGAUUGUGGAACACUUCAUGAACUGCGCCAUCACCACGCUGGCCAAGGACACACCCCUGGAAGAGGUGGUCAAGGUCGUGACCUCUACAGAUGUGGCUGAGUUCCCUCUGACGGAGAGCACAGAGUCCCAAAUCCUGGUGGGCUUUGUGCGAAGGGCCCAGUUGAUGCAGGCCCUCCAGGCUGAACCAACUUCUUGGCCUCCAGAACACCAGAGGUGUUUCCAGGACAUCUUGGCUGGUGGCUGUCCUGUGGAGCCUGUGACCCUGCAGCUGUCCCCAGAAAUGUCCCUGCACCAGGCACACAACCUCUUUGAGCUGAUGAACCUUCAGUCUCUUUUCGUGACUUCUCGGGGCAAAGCUGUGGGCUUUGUGUCCUGGGUGGAGUUGAAGAAAGCAAUUUCUAACCUGACAAAUCCCCCGGCCCCAAAGUGA